CUGCUUGCUGAUUGGCUCUCGGGCGGCUCUGCGGCCCGUCCCCAUCCGGUGGGCGCUGACCUUGCCCGCGGCGCAGCCAUGGUUGCCUACUGGCGGCAGGCCGGGCUCAGUUACAUCCGCUAUUCCCAGAUCUGUGCGCAGGCUGUCAGAGCGGCCAUGAAGCCUCAGUACAAAGCGGAGGCAGAGAGGGCGGCAACGGCCACUGUGAAGACUGUGAAGCCCAAAAAGGAAUAAAAUGAGCUGAUUUGUGGUGAAUAACAGCAAACUGCAAAGCUGCAGGCAAGCUGAAGACUGCAGUAUAAUGUCAUCACAUUAACUGCAAAACUUGCCUCUGUAUGUAAAUCAGCAUGCUAAUAAAUGUAUAUUCUGUUAAACAAA